GUUUAGGUAGUUAUUGGUUCCAGGGGUGUGCCCAAACUUUCUGACCGGGGUGGCCCAGCUCAUGCUCCGACAAAUUCUUGGGUUCAACUAAUAACAGUAGCGAAUAUAGAGGUGCCCAGUUAAAGGGAUAUACCAGUGUAAAAUUAAUUUAGGGUCAAACACACCAUAACACAGACUCCCCCUCAAGAGAUGAAUGUUGCCAACUGCUUGCUUCUCUAGUUAUACAACCGCAUGAUAGCAAUACACAGCAGUGUACAUCUCCACACACAAACCUCAACCAAAACGCCACUCUAUAGCCACAAAUAAUGCUCAGAACAGCACCUAACUUCAUAAACAGGACAUAUAGGGUCCCAGCCAUAGUACUAGACACCAAACAUCUUUUUAACUUUGACUCAUUUCUUUAGCACAGAGACUAAACACAACUCACCUACUCUCUUCCAGCAGCUGCUUGUUUGUAGCGAGACCUCUGGGCGAGUCCAUUGACUAUAGCGGGGUGACGCAGCUCAAGGAAGAACAUUUAUGAUCAUUUCUUCAUGGAAAUGCAAUCAGACUGAGACGCUAAGGCAGAAGAACUACCGCGUCUGCAAAAUGAUUAAUAUGGUGAUUAUUACUUCAAGGAAAUGGUAAAGAAAUGAUCAUGUGGCUUUUUUUAUAUUUGCAUCCUUUUAUUUUCGCAGUAAGUAGUGGGCUUUGGUUUCUUUUUUUUUUGCAUCGGUGACUUCCGUUGACUUUUUUUUUUUUAAUUCUUUUAUUUGCAGCAGUGGCGGUUCUCGGCCACCGUAGUUUUAUCUGUAAAUAGUGCAAAAAUGAACAAACUUUCUGAGUGCUGAAAGAGAACUGCAGUGUAGUGCCGUUUUUAACCUGUGCGUGGCAGUAUGGCGCCUUUCCUGCGUAGACUCCAGUAACGGGAGAAGAAGAAUUUGACCAGUGGUACGCGCGUUUCCUCCCUGCUCUGGUGUCUGAUGUGUUGAACAAUAACACAACUGACAGGUAUGGUGCAUUGGUCUGAGUUAGAGAUGCAACGAUAGUUACAAUCCCUCUGUUUCUUUAUUAUUUAUGCAGACCGAAAGGUUUAAUAUUGAUUCAGCUAGCAUCAAUGGUAGCAUCACUGUCUAUUUCGCUCGUUCAUUUCAAUUGGGUUUGGACCGUUAGCUAGUUAGCGAGCUAGCAUCACAAAUUCGUUAGUGUAGUUUCUGCAGUCGUUGUGUGAAGUAAUGCCUCUAUCGCUCCGUGUAGUCACAGUUUUACUACAGGCUGUCUUUGUCAGCAACAUAAGCUGUAAAUUAGUUUAAAUACCCGCCUUCACACCCUGAAUGAAGUGUGUCGUUUCAGCCUCCGGAGUCAUGAGUGAGUUCAGGAUCCACCACGACGUGAACGAGCUGCUCAGUCUGCUCCAUGUCCGGGGUGGAGACGGAGCAGAGGGCUACAUAGACCUCCUACAGAAACACAGGACCCCCUAUGUGACGACCACAGUCUCUGCUCACAGUGCAAAGGUGAGUGUCACACAGUCAGGAACAUAAACAUGAUAUCAGCGUGACAAAAAAUAAAUAAAUAUAAACUGGACUUGUUGAAAGCUUCGAGUAGGGCCUGGCAAUAUAGGAAAAAGGUUUAUCACGAUAUUUUUUGUCAUAUCAGUCGCUUGAUCCAUAUGAACACACUGUAUGGUCAGAGGAGGAUUUCAAGAUGCUGCUUCCACUUAAUCAAGUGCAUUUGAUGGUUUUGUUGUUGACACUGCACAUCUGCAGUUUGUGUAGAGAUCCAAUGUCCUUUUGAUACUUGCUGUUCGUCCACACCUUUAGGUCAAAUUAGCAGAGUUCUCUAAAACCCCCGAGGACUUCUUAAGAAAGUAUGAAGAGCUCAAGUCCAAAAAUGUCAGAAACCUGGACCCUCUCGUCUAUCUGCUCUCCAAACUCUGCGAGGAUAAAGAGGUAAUACGCAGUGUCUUAGCAGUUCACUUGCUGAUAUCACCCAUCUAUCACAUGACCUGCAAUCACAGCUUGUUCUGUUCCUGUAGAUGCUCCAGUGUCUGCAGCAGAAUGCCAAAGAAAGGUCAGAGUCCUCAGCAAACACAACGUCGACCACAACAACUAGUUACAGUCUGCCUCAGACCAGCACCAAGAUGUCCAUGCAGGAGCUGGACGAGCUGAGGAAGAAGCUCGGCAACGUGACGGCGAGCUCGAACGCUCCUUUGGUGAGCGCUCUUUACUUGGAUACAGGAAAUUUGAUGGACAGGUUGGAUCAUGAAACUCUAGGAUUCUUUGCAAUUGGGAAACAAAGUAUAUAUAUCACCUAUUCAUGCAUAAAACGGAGCAGAUACAUGACAUAUCUAAGUUAAUGGAAGUCUUGUGUAAUGACAGGUUCUUGUUGUUAUAAACCCCAAAUAUUCACACAUCUUUUACUGAAGUUUACCUUCUUUCUGAAGCUGAAUCCUCUUUGGACGCUCUCUCUGUGUGAUUCUUGUCUGCAGCCCGCUGAAGUCACACGGAAGAUGCUGAGGGACAAACACAACAAGAAGAACCCCACUCAGCCCAAUCCUGUGUUUCCUAACUGGGUGUAUGAACGCCCGGCUCUCCUUGGAGACUUCAUCACCAGCCCGACUCCUCCAGGAGAUCCUCCUGUGGCCAUCGGUAAAAACAGUCGCCGUUAAAUAUCUGCUGUUAGACACACUGCUGCGAGGGUCUUGAAUACUAAAUUUCACCUGUGCUCAGGUACGAUGCCCCCAGCUGCUCAGGAACAAGCACUGGUGGAGGAUCUGCUGUUUGUCCUGGUAGGAGUAGAUGGGCGAGACAUCACGGCUCAGCCUGUUCUCGGGAGACAGAACCGCUCCUUCAUUGUGGAUUCAACACUGGACAUGUCUGUCAAAGAGCUGGUGAACAGGAUUUUACCGGUGGCCUCGUAUUACUCCACUAUAACACGGUAUAUAAUGUUUAAAAUGCUACAGCUCAUUUGUGCGCGAACAUAUUUAAGAGAAAUGAUUGGAUGGUUUUGUGUUUGUCCUCCAGCUUCAUCGAGGAGAAGUCGUCCUUCGAGUACGGUCAGGUGAACCACGCGCUCACAGCAGCCAUGAGGACCCUGAUGAAGGAGUACCUGAUUCUGGUGACUCAGCUGGAGCACCUGCAGCGUCAGGGCCUGCUAUCCCUGCAGAAGCUCUGGUUUUACAUCCAGCCCACCAUGAGGACCAUGGAGAUACUGGCCUCCAUUGGUAAGAGCCUGAAAAUUUGACAACAGCUUUAUCUUGUCAAUUCAAACUGCUCAUUCUAACCACAUGGGGGCGUUCUAAAAUUGUUCAGCACUUUUCAGCUAAAGGGAAAUUCAGACGAGAAUCCUGACAAAGAACAAAACCAUGAAGAGGAUUUCAAACUGAAGACAAGAUAAAAGCAGCUACAACAGAAGCUGAAACUUAAUGAAGCACUUUUAAAAUAUAAGAGUAAAAGUUGUGGUUCAGUGUUGAAGUUAAACUGCAAAGAGGUGACUAACAUUUAACCGAGUCCACACUAUGACCCUUGUAGUGAGGCCUUAUGUUAACUGCAGCUGUGUCAGUCAUAUCUCCUUGAUCAGGUCACCCUGAUUGUCCAGAAGUAAUGACCUGAAGAAGAAGUAGUAACCCCCUCGUCAUUGUCUUCCUCGCAUUUCUUUGUUUUCAUUUUCACAUCAUUUUGUCCCCCGGUUAUGAAAAGUGUUUGUAAUAUCAAUUAUAAAGUAAACGCAUGAAGGAAAAGGCCUGUGAUGGAUUGAUCUCUUUUGAAAUGGGUGUUUCCACAGCGUCCUCAGUGGACAAAGGGGAGUGUAUGGGUGGCUCCACUCUGAGUCUUCUCCAUGACCGAACCUUCAACUUCACCGGAGACAGCCAGGCCCAGGAGCUCUGUCUCUACCUCACCAAAGCAGCCAGCGUCCCCUACUUUGAAAUACUGGAGAAGUGGAUCUACAGAGGCAUCAUCAGAGACCCUUACAGGUACAACCUCAAAGUGAUGAAUCGCAUCAAUCUACUGCUGCCUCUGCGUUGUGUCUUUGACUACAUUUACAUGUGCCUGGCUAUUUUCAUAAACAGACAUUUCACCCUCUCCGUUUACAGAAAAACUGCGAGCACACCACUACGUUUUCAGAAAAGUUUUCGUUUACACUAACAUACGUAUUUAUGCCUUCAAGAGCAUGCCAAACCUGUAGCAAGGAGCUCAAGCCCACGUUAACAACGAAGUCACUUCCUUCUUUCUGGCGCACACUCUGCCGUUGGCUACCCAAGUCUCUGUUUUCCUCGGUGUACAUGCAAACAGAGUUUUCCAAAAUCUUAAUUUUGGCCGGAGUUUUUAAAUAGCAUCGUUUUCAGGGGCGGAUCCUCCGUUUGCGUCUAAACAAAGGGUGAAAACGAUGGUUAACGUCUCAGUUUUUAAAAAAUAACCGGGUACGUCUAAACGCAGCCUUAAUCUGUUUUAUCUGACUGUCUGAAUCCUCUCAGCGAGUUCAUGGUGGAGGAGCACGAGCUGCAGAAAGAGAAAAUCCAGGAGGACUACAACGACAAGUACUGGGAUCAAAGAUACACAAUCGUACAACACCGGAUUCCCUCCUUUCUACAAAAAAUGGCCGACAAAAUAUUAAGCACAGGUAAAAAUCAAACGAAGAAGGACAAUUUCACGAAUGUUAGUUUUCAGGAGACAGAAGAUUCGACUCCUCUCUCUGUUAUUUUGCAGGUAAAUAUCUAAACGUGGUGCGGGAGUGUGGCCGUGACGUGACGUGUCCUGAUGCCAAAGAGGUUCUGUACACCCUGAAGGAGAGAGCGUACGUGGAGCAGAUCGAGAAGGCUUACAACUACGCCAGCAAGGUGCUGUUGGCCUUCCUCAUGGAAGAAAAGGAGCUGGUGUCCCGCCUCAGGUAAAGGACUUUUCUAGUCUUUUAUAAUCAGGUAUGUGGUGGGUGGAUGUAUAUUCCUGCUUCUUCGUCUAAUGAUGGUCAUCUUUGCAAAACUCAGUCUGAAUACAGAAGAAAGAUGAAGGUUAAAAUCUAAAAUCAGAGGUCGUCUUUAUUUCCUUCCUCCAGGUUUUCUUCUGGUAUUUCUUUAUUCCAUCUCUGUGACUACAGUAACAACAAAAGCGUGUCUCCUUUGUUCUUAUUAGAUCGAUCAAACACUACUUUUUGAUGGACAAAGGGGAUUUCUUUGUGCACUUCAUGGACCUGACGGAGGAGGAACUAAAGAAACCGGUGGAUGACAUCGUUCCCCCGAGACUGGAGGCGCUCCUGGAGCUGGCUCUGAGGAUGAGCACCGCCAACACCGACCCCUUCAAAGACGACCUCAAAGUACGUGGAAAUGAGACCGAUAGAAGAGUCUAAGUGGCGUCCUCAUCUCACAGAUUGACACUCCGCUUCUCUCCACAGAUCGACUUGAUGCCUCAUGAUGUCAUCACUCAGCUGCUGCGAGUUUUAGCCAUCGAGACCAAACAGGAGAAAGCCAUCAUCAACGCCGACCCCACAGACACAGCGCUCAGCGGGCUGGAGGCUUUCUCCUUCGAUUACAUAGUCAAAUGGCCUCUAUCGCUCAUCAUUAACAGGUUUGGCUCUGCUGUCUUUGACCUCACACAAAGAAGGACAGAAGAACCGUCACAGUCCCUGUAUUGACUUACUUUAAACGUUGAAGUAACCUUAAAGAUGUUUUCUGUCUUAAACAGAUGUGGCUUGACUUUUGUGUUCCAGGAAAGCUUUGACCAGGUACCAGAUGUUGUUCAGACACAUGUUUUACUGCAAACACGUCGAGCGGCUGCUGUGCAACGUGUGGAUCAGCAACAAAGACUUCAAGCUGUACUCCUUAAGAUCCCCAAAGUGGUGAGAUGACGAGGAACUCCUCCAUAACUUGUUCUUAGAUUCACAAAGCCGAACUGUCCUCACUCUGCUCUCUGUCUGCGCUCAGGUUUGCUGCGGCGUUCGCCCUCCGACAGCGCAUGUUGAACUUUGUGCAGAACAUCCAGUACUACAUGAUGUUUGAGGUGAUGGAGCCCACAUGGCACAUCAUGGAGAACAACCUGAAGACAGUGAGUGUCCUUGUUAGUCAGCAAAGUUGUUCUGUCGUGUUGUCAAAACCCAACAUAUGGAGUCAGAGGAAGUACAUUCUUAUUCUGACCCUUUUCCUUCUUCCUUCUCCAGGCGUCAAACAUCGAUGACGUCCUCUGCCAUCACACCAGUUUUCUGGAUAACUGUCUGAAGGACUGCAUGCUGACCAACCCGGAGCUCCUCAGGAUCUUCUCCAAACUCAUGACGGUCUGCGUCAAGUUCACAAGCUGCAUGCAGGUCAGUUAACAGACCACUUCGUCCAGCUGACCCUAACCCCCAAUUUCCACCGCAUCCGGAACGGCUACGAAAGGCCAUACCUGCCGAUCUCAGCUGAUUGUAACCAUUCAAGUUAACGUGUCAAUUUCCAUCGGCUUCUUUCCGUUCCGCUGCGGAUCGCCGGACUCUGCAGCUGAUUGCAAGAGUUCUAUUUUUUCUGGACGCCAGAGCAUGGCGGAUAAAUUCAGCACAGAUUAACCCGUGCUGGAAAGGAAGUCAGGCACAGACACAAAAUAAAACAUCCGGCUUCUUUUCAAAAUAAAACACUCCGUAUUUCACACCAUGCAAACGGGGGGAGACGAACAAGUGAAAGGUUUUUAGACGUCAUUUCACCUUGAUGACACCAUGGAUGAGGAGACGCUGAUUCUAGAAGUCUAAAAGUAGAUUUCCUCUGAAAGGACACAAUCUACUGCUUAUUUGGUUAUGUGUCUGUCUUUAUAGAGACAACUCGUUAUCGCGCGAUUUCACAUGAAUCCACGGGUUCUUGUGAGUUCUCGGUAUUCCCGCUGUCCGUAAUCCGCCACAAAAUUUGUCUCAGACGGAUCUGGUUGGAAUUGGCGGACAGUGAAAAUCUGUUCCAGAUGCAGUGGAAAUUCAGGGGGUUAGUGAGAGAGGGAACAGUGCAAAUCAUAGCAUUUUUCCUGCUUUAUUAAUGAACACAGAAAACAAAAUCCCUGAAUUUCUAACUGAAGGAGUAGAUAUAUUUUACUUAAAUGUUGCAAACAGGUAAAGUCAGAGAUAAUAUUUAAGAUUUGGAAAUAUUAUGUUUAAAAAGAAGUCAUGUUUUAUUUUGAAAAAAUGUCACUAAGCUGUUUGUUUUCUGUGACUGUUGUAGCGCGUCACCCAGAGCAUGAGGUUAGAGCGCCUCUCUUUAGAACAAGGGACCAUGGACGGGUCCUCCGCUCAAAACGAGCAGGCUGAUGAAGCAGAGAAGAAGAGGCUCACCUCAAAGGUAUUUCCAAAUCCACUGUGAUCUGCGUCAAAGAACAAAAUGUUCAGUUUCCUACUCUGACAGUCAGGAAUGUAAACAUCUCAUGAAAAGGAAGCAGUCACGCCGUUACCUCCAGAAAACAUCAACAGCUGGCUCUCAGACGGAACAGACUGUGCCUUUUUCUGUUUAACGUGUUCGAAUUCUUCUCCUGCUGCAGAUCAUGUCCGAGUACGUGGACGCCCUGCAGUCAGAGUCAAACUUUGAAAGCACCAUCAGCAAGUUUGACAGUAACUUCAGCAUGCUGCUGCUGGACCUGCUGGACAAGCUGAGCAUCUACAGCACCAACGACUGUGAGCACAGCAUGAUCAGCAUCAUCUACAGGUAAAAACCGCCCACCUAACUUACACACAGUAGAGUGAUUAUUAGAUUAGCAGGCAGUAACUGGUCAGAAACAACACUCAGCACAAAUCCUCAUGUUACCUUUUGUUUCCUGGUUGUGCUGAUAUACAAUUCUGUUAAAAUAUUAACCAUGACAAGCCUAUCACUUAAAUGACAUCAGUGUGUUCAUCCUGCUAUGCUGCCCCCAGGUGGUUUAAAAAAGUCAGUGCACCUUUUAAAUGAAGGAUAACAUUGGUUAAACAACUUCAGAGCAACGUUGAGCUACAGCUGUUAAGGGCUUGUCUUACUAGUAAUAUGGACAAGUUACUGUUCGACUAACUCAAUCAAUACAGCUGGUUUUCAUAGAGGCUGUUUUAGGAGAACCCACCAAAUUUAGAUGAUGAAAACCUUGAGUGUUUUGUGAAUCCUGCUGUUCUUUGCUGACUGUUUCUGUGUUUUCACAGGCUGGAUUUCAACGGUUUCUACACUGAGCGUCUGGAGAGGAUGGCUAUUGAGCGCAGUCAGAAAGCAGCAGCGUAGCAUGUUCCAUCUGUGUCACAUUACAUAACAAUCGUCUUUACUCGUCUGUUUAUCCGUCACAAGAACAAGACCAGCCGUGGGGUCAAAGAGCUGUCGCCUCUGUGUGUAUAUUAUAUAUAUUAUGUACUGUAUGAAGUACAGAGUGAAAGUCUAAUGUUUGCAGCCUCAUGUCAGUGCUUCAAAUUGAACAUUUAAAGAAAUGUCGAACAAGUAUGUUUAUUCUGCUCUGAAGUGUAAGUCAUGACGCUCCUAAUGGAGUGACUUACUGUACGUACCUGUAAAAUGAAAAUGUUUGUUUGUAUUUGAUAAAACUAGUCUUAACUGACUGAAUUUAGACUACAUACCUCUACUUUACUGCAUCACUAAAUAAAGAGCAAAUAUGUUGUUGCCUAA